AUUAUAAAUACACACUAUGGUUAGUGUCAGAAAACAGCACACAAAAUAUAUUAUGUUGGGUAUUUAUUAUGAGAUAAAGCAGUCUAUUACAAUAGACUAGAUUUCAUAUCUAUUGACAAAUAGAAUCAUUGAUAUCUCAAUAAUGUGUAUUUCAGAUGUCUACAAUAUCUAUACUGUAAAAACAAUAAAUGUAAAAAACAUCCAUUUUCCACUUGCACUUUAUUUCUUAAAAGGGUCAUUGAUUGUCUGUAAUUCUCACUGGUGUCAUAGCACAUAAACUGUAAAAAAGUCUUACAAUUACACUACAGAAAACAGAAAUAUUAAAUGUGUUGCAUAGAAAACUUUUAAAAUACCUAUACUAAUAGCACACAAACAUGAUGUAAUAAUUAUUUUAAAUAGCUGUGAUUUGACUUUGGUUUGGCUUAACAGUGGUUAUCAGCAUCAUUAAAUAAUGCAUUUGUGAGGUCAUCGAGUUGUGCUUAAAGUCAGAAUGGAAGAGACAUGCUGGUUCGUAUGUGGGUGUGAUAGACACUGAGUCAGACUCAACAGUUACAAAUAAAAUCGUCCCAAUUUAUUUAAACACCAAAUCAUGCUUACAGAUAUAAUUCUCAGAGUGUAGAGCACGAUGUAAAUCUUCAGUUCCUCCUGUUGAGAGAGAAAGUUCUGAUGGAAGGACUUGUCCAUGCCGACUAUUCCAGGGGUAAUGUUGUUAAAAGUCCGCAGAGAAGUUGAAGUCAGUUCAGCACAAGUGUCAAGGGUGAAGUGAAGAAGGCAACCAAGUAAGGUAUAGCACAAUGAGAAAUCAGAGAGAGAAGCUCCCUGUGUCCUUGGAAUCAGAGUUUUUAUCAGUUUUGGUCCCAGAUCAACCACUUCGAUUGGUUAUUUUUCCUCUUCCCUACUUUCUAAUUGGUCAUCAUUUGUUACUAUGUGUAAUGAGAUCUGAUCUCAGAUCGCGGAAUGAGCCAAAAUCGACAUUUAAUUUCAUCCCAACCGGAGAUAGUUGAUCUUAGGACUUACAUUGUCUAAUUUUCCUUUGUUUAAUUUCUGAGAAAAGUUUUUCCUCUAUUAAAUUUAACAUUUCCUUUUAUGGACAUAAAAAUUUAUACUUUAAUAUUAACAAAUUUAGAUAUUUUAAAUUUUAGUGUGGUUCCGGGACAUUUCCAGAGCCUCACACAUUUACAUAACUAUCAUUUUUAUUUACAUAACUAUUUUAUUAUUAUAACUAUCGUUAUAGUAAUAAAAUAUAAUUUAUUUAUAAUAAUAAAUUCUAAAAAGUUUUGUUUUAUUAUUAGCCUGAUACUGAAGAAGGCAAUGAAAUGGUAUUCUGUGAUUCUUGUAAUAUCUGCGUGCAUCAGGCUUGUUAUGGUAUAACAAAUAUUCCAGAGGGUAGUUGGCUUUGCUGUACAUGUGCCUUAGGUAUUGAACCAUCUUGUCUUCUUUGCCCAAAUAAAGGAGGUGCAAUGAAAAGUACAAGGAAUGGCCUAAAAUGGGCUCAUGUCAGCUGUGCAUUAUGGAUUCCUGAGGUUAUUAUUGGAUGUGUUGAGAAAAUGGAACCCAUUACAAAAAUUUCUAUGAUUCCUGUAAGUUAAAUUCAUUUGUUUGUUUAUAUAUUUUCAUAUGCAAAU